AUGGUAAAGACACGUUCAACAAAAAAAACGAGUGCAUCUGAUGUGGAACAGGGCCAGUCUUCUACCGUACAUCACGGAAGCCCUGGCAUUCCCUCGUCGAGUGUAAUCGCUAAAACCACUGGAGUUCCCAGCAGCGCGGCUAGUUCUGUUUCAGGUUCUUCAGCUACCAUAAGAAGUCGUACUCUAGAAAUUGAAGCAGACUAUGCCCAAAAAAUAGCAAUCUUGGAGCGGGCUACCCUCGAACGUGAGCGUAUCGUAUUGGAACGAGAACGUGCUGCUUUAGAACUACGAAAAGAAGCACAAAUUGCCGCUUUGGAGGAAAGAGGUAGCGUACGUAGUAGUCGUCGUUCCAAAAGUUAUAUUUCUAAUAGGGAGGUUCGGAAAUGGCUAGACACAUGUUUAGACACUGCUAUAACUACGAUAGACGUAGAUUUGCAACCGCAGAACGUUAAUAUAAAUGUUCCUUGUAGCGAAUCAGCUAUUAAUAAAAUAAAUCGUUCUGCGGCAAUUCCAGCACCUCUACAGACACGUAAUAGCACCUAUACUAUGCCUGCCACAAACUCUCAAAACGUUCUCCGUCCUGUCUUAAAAGAACAUAUGACUAACGAUUUAAUAAUUAGUAGAAGCCCCGCGAGGCCGAUUUGUAGUUCAACUACAAUUAAACCCAUUUCUUCAAUUGAAAAAUCGCCUAGUGACAUAACCUUAUUAGCACAGGCCAUCACCUCAUUAUCAAAUAAUAAUAAGCACAAGACGUUUGGAGACGGGCGUCUUCCGGUCUUUGACGGGAAGCCUUUGGACUGGUUGACCUUCAAGCGUGUAUAUGACAGUACACAAGCAGCAUACUCGGCUUCGGACAACUUGACUCGGAUUGGUAUGGCGCUGCGAGGAGCGGCACAAGAUUCUGUGGCGGUACUACUAGUCUCUGCGCGAGACCCUAUCGAGGUAAUACAGGCUUUAGCAUUAAGAUUUGGCAGAGCUGAAUUAAUUGUCUUACAAGAAGUUGCGUCAAUCCGUUCGUUACCAAAGGUCAACACCGAUUCUAGUGAUCUUCAUAAAUUCUCUUGCCGCGUCCGUAAUUCAGUGGAGGUAAUGAGACUUUUAGAACAAAGACCCUACUUGGAAUCACCAGAGCUCUUUCAAUCGGUACUUAGUAAACUUACUCCUCUAUUACGAACACGAUGGGCUGACUACGCAGCUACUCAUUUCACCCAGAGGACUACUAAACUUGAGCUGCUAGCCUCCUUCCUUGCACAAGAGGUGGACCUACAACUCAAGUUCGGUCUUCUCAAUGAGCCUAUUAAUUACCCUAAAAAAGCCGACAAAGUCCACACGGUUAACACGUACAAACCAUCUACGUCCACGGCCCCGUAUAUUUAUCAGUCUGAAAAUCAUGAAAAAUCAUCAAAUCCCAUAUCCAACAAUAAAAAGAUAUGCUUAUUUUGUAAUAACGAACAUAGUUUAUCUCAUUGUUGUGAUUUUAAGACAUUGUCAGUUGAUGACAGGUGGAAAUUUGUAAAAGGGAAAAAACUUUGUCACAAAUGUCUCAAAAAAGGUUUGCACAAUUAUAAAAACUGUGAUAUUUCUAAAGAGAUUUGUACCAAUGAAAAAUGUAAUUCUAGACAUCAUAAAUUAUUACAUAUUGCCUAUGUGGUUGAAAAUGAGGAUGAACAAGGUGAAUCGUCUUCCACUCCUCACUCUGGGGAACUUAAGAGUUCUGAUGAAUCCUCGAGCAAAGAGACGACUGAUUUCGUUGCUCACGCUAGUAGUUCGUUUUCACCAAGUAAUAAUAAUAAACAUCCGAAUUAUCGACCUUUCUUAAAAAUAAUAGCUGUUACGAUCUCUGGUCCACGUGGUAGUAUCAAUACUCAUGCUUUAUUGGACGACGGGUCCACAUCUACUUUUAUAGAUUCGGAACUCGCAGCUCAAAUUGGAGCACGGGGUCCAUGUGUACAAACUCACUUAAAAUGCGUUGGGGGGUUGUCAAAAUAUACAAAAAUGGAAUAUGUCAAUUUCAACAUUAAGGGUUGUCACACGGAUGAAAUACAUCAGGUUAGACAGGCCCGUUCUAUUAAAGAUUUACAGUUAGCUAGACAAUCAAUUUAUCCUAAAAAUAUUAAUGAAUUUUCUUAUCUUUCUGACUUAGUACCAUUUUUAUGUUAUGAUGAUGCACAACCAAAGAUUGUGAUCGGUAUUGACAACUGGCAUCUCACUAUUCCUCAAUGCGUACGGAAUGGUACAAAGUCGCAGCCAGCUGCAAUUAGAACUGCUUUAGGUUGGGUAUUGUUCGGUUUUCGCAGUAGUAGGACUAGUCCGGUCGACAUAGUGAAUCAUGUUCUAUUUGACGAGUCUGACUUCCCAUCUACUGACAAUAGUUCAUUAGAAAACCUUAUUAAGAAUUAUUAUAGGUUAGAUUCAAUAGGUAUUAGUAAAAAAGAACCACGCAGUACAGCAGAUGCGUGCGCUAUCGAAAUUUUAGAGCGCACUGCCAACCGCCUUCCAUGUGGUAGGUUUGAAGUAGGUUUAUUAUGGAAACCUGACAACCCUAUUAUACCAAAUAGUUAUUCUCUUGCUUUAUCUCGUUUUUUAAGUUUGGAGAAGAAAAUGAUUAGUGACCCAGGCUACGCUGAGCGCUAUAGACAAAAUAUUCACGACCUCGUUAGUAAAGAUUACGCUGAAAUAUGUCAGAAUGAGCCAUCUUCGAAUUCCGUAUGUUGGUUUUUACCUCAUUUUGGCGUAGUGAAUCCUAACAAACCGGCAAAACUGCGUGUAGUCCAUGAUGCUGCCGCUAAAAUUAAAGGGGUUAGUUUAAAUUCACUUUUACUUACAGGGCCAGAUUUAUUACAAUCAUUAUUCGAUAUUUUGCUUCGAUUUAGAGAAGGAAAGGUAGCGAUGACAGCUGACAUUAAAGAAAUGUUUCCUAGAUUUAAAAUUAUUAAACAAGACAGGGAUGCGCAACGGUUUUUGUGGCGUGAUAACCCUAAUGUACCCAUAACUACCUACAGGAUGUCCUCUAUGAUUUUUGGUGCAGUGUCGAGUCCCUUUACGGCUAUAUAUAUGAAAAAUAAAAACGCUUUAGAAGUUAAAGAUCAAUAUCCCGAAGCAGUGCAUGGCAUUGUAUAUGACACUUAUAUGGACGACUAUAUAGGUUCGGUAGAUUCCAGUGAUAGAGCUGCUCAGUUAGCUGUCGAUAUUGUCCAUGUCCAUGCUCGUGCAGGACUGGAAAUGCGCGGAUGGGUAUCGAAUGACCCGAAUGCACUUCGUUUAUUACCAAAACAUCUUUUAUCGGAAUCAGUAUCUGACAUUAACAUCGAUCUAGCAAAUCUUCCGUCCCUGUCACCAUGCGUCCGUGCAUUAGGAUUAUACUGGCACCCUUCUAGAGAUCUCAUAGGUUUUAAUACCCCAAUUAAACAAGGCCAAGAGACCUUGCCCAAUCCGCUUACCAAGCGUGUAAUAUUAUCUUUAAUCAUGCGAGUUUUCGACCCGUUAGGAAUCCUCGCGCCUAUCGUUAUUCGCGGUCGUAUUUUACUCCAAAAUGCUUGGCGAAUGAAUUUAGACUGGGAUAUCGAGCUCCCUAACUCUGAAACCAUUGCAUGGAAUAAUUGGUUUCAGGAUUUAAUUACUACCGCCAAGAUAAAAAUUCCGCGUUGUUAUAAUCAUCAUUUUUUGCAACCAAGUCAAACCGAGUUACACGUCUUUGCCGACGCCAGUGCCCAAGCUUACGGAGCAGUAGCAUAUUGGCGCUUUACAUACUCUAACGGAGACGUACAACUCGCUUUGGUCUGUAGCAAGUCACGUGUAGCUCCUUUGAAACCAUCUAGUAUUCCUAGAUUAGAAUUACAAGCUGCAUUAAUAGCCGCACGUUUAGCUACCACCAUUGUAGAAGCAGUAAAAUUUAAACCUAUAAAACGCACAUUUUGGUGCGAUUCAAUGAAUGUUUUGGGUUGGCUUCGCAAUGAUUCACGAUCAUACAAAACAUUCGUAGCUCAUAGAGUAGGUGAGAUAAUUGAACUCACGGAUGAACGGGAUGAUAGUGAAAUAGAGAUGAAAUCUCUAUUUGACAAAUAUGUGGCCCUGAAGGGGGAACUUGUAAACAUUAAUGUAUUCUGUGAAGACCUACGCGUUGACAGGGAUAGACUUCAGGAAAUUGUUAAUGAAUAUGAUCACUGCAGGGACACAUAUGAGUCAAAUCUACAGCGUAUCACUCACCUCGAGAGACACCUUAAGGAAGCUCAAGCACAUAGUGAAUCUAUGUUGGAACACAAACGGCAAUGUAAUAAUAUACGUAGCACACUAAACUCGGACGAUUUACUUUUAGCAGAAAAUCACGUGUUACGUAGAAGCCAAUUAGACUCGUUCUCACAAGAAAUAAAAUCUAUUACAAUCGGUAUACCUGUGUCACACCGUAGCAGAUUAUCAAAAUUACCAGCUGUUAUUGAUAAAAACAACAUAUUACGACUAUCCACUCGUAUCGUAGCAGCUUCCGACAUAAAUGAAGAUAUGAAAUCUCCGAUAUUGCUUGAUGGAAAGCACCCUACUGUCCGGCUACUCGUGCUACAUUAUCACCGCAAGGCAGCCCACGCCAACACAGAAAUGGUUGUCAACGAGCUACGACAACGUUACUGGAUUUUAAAUCUUAGAAGCACAGUUAGAUCAGUAGCCUUCAAUUGUCAAUUUUGUAAAGUUCGCCGUUCUGUGACAUAUCAACCGACUAUGGGUAAUCUUCCAACAGCCAGACUCGCUCACCACUGCAGACCUUUCUCAUUUGUAGGUCUAGAUUAUUUUGGGCCCGUAACAGUAGCAGUUGGGCGUAGAAGAGAGAAACGUUAUGUGGCUCUAUUCACAUGCUUGUCAGUUCGAGCAAUCCAUCUUGAGAUCGUCCACUCACUUUCAUCAGAUGCUGCUAUAAUGGCAUUACGACGCUUCAUAGCUCGCCGUGGAACACCUUCGGAAAUCCAUUCUGAUAAUGGAACUAGCUUUGUGGGAGCAAACAGGGAGCUGAGAGCCUUGUAUUCAGAAGUAACUUCCAAUUUUGCGGCUGGAGAAAUGAUUAAGUGGAAAUUCAUACCUCCAUCUGCUCCAUUCAUGGGAGGGUCUUGGGAGAGACUCGUGAGGUCCGUAAAGACAGCCUUAAAAGUAACUCUGGGCAACAAUAUUAGAUCACCUACUGAUGAAGUAUUCUCCACAUUACUUUGUGAAGCAGAAGCACUGGUAAACUCACGCCCCCUAACACACGUGGCUUGCGACCCCCAAUAUCCAGAGGCACUAACACCAUCACACUUUCUGCUUGGUUACUCUUCAGGACGUCCCAUCCCAGCCAAUUUAACGGACAGCGAUAUAUGUAGUAGAGCAGGCUGGAGGAGAGCACUACGUAUGGCGGAUCAUUUUUGGAAAAGGUGGAUAACCGAGUACCUACCUACAUUAUCACCAAGAAAAUUCGUAGGUAAAGUGCCACAAGUUUCAAUUGGAGAUAUCGUUAUAGUCGUUGACGGCACACUACCUAGAGGUACUUGGCCUAAAGGCCGAAUUACAGCUAUGUAUCCGGAGACUGAGUUCCAGGGGCAUGAGCAGGCACUGCCGAGCUCCUAUUGGCUAAAACCCCAAGGUUUACCUCUACAGCUUAUUGCCGGAGCUACGGGUGUGCGCGAGCAUUCUGCCACAGCUCCGGCGACGGUGAUUCAUCUUAAUAGACGGGCCACUACUCUUCAGGAGAAGUAG